AUGUCGCAAAAUAUGCUUGCAGAAACAGUGCCACUCUUCGGGGCUGCAGGUCGGCGCAGCUAUGACGUGUUCCCUACCGCAGCACAGCGUCGGCACCCUUUCAUCAUGGCCAUCGGCUCUUCAUGUAAUGUGCAACGUGCCACUGAUGGCACUACUUACCCCUUCAUUAGUGCGCUGGCGCCGUCGGUCUGCCCAAGGAGCAGGGCGUACUCAGCUGCGACGGCGCACCAGCAGCCCUUGUCCUCCAGAUCGGCAGGACCACGGCGGUCCAACGAGCGGGGUUGCGGUGGUAGCCGGAGGUUGUCGUGGAACACUCACUUUUCUCAGCUUCUUUCUGAGGAGCAGAUUACACGCUGGAGGCUACGGUGCAAGGAGCAGGAAGAGCGAGUGGAGAUUGCGCUGGCAAAACCGUCGUGCUGGGUGCUGUUUUCUGACGCCCACACGACAGCGGCACACUCUUCACGUGAACGGGGCAGCGCCUGCCUGAGCUGUGGUGCGUACUCACGGCCGCGCUUACCACGAUCGGAGCCUGUUUGCGCCAUGGUCAAUGAAGUCCAUUCGUUGGGCGCUGGCAGAAGACGGAUCAAGACGAAGAAGCACUGCUCCUCUGGGCGUAGCGGUGAUUUUCAAGAGCAGCCAUCUUCAGGGACCCGAGACGCAGCUUCCGCUACCGCGCCAUUGCAUGUGCGUGACAGCGAGCUACUGCGCGCGUUGCAAAGGGCAGAGGCACGCAUCAAGCAGCUAGAGACCGGAAUCGUGCCGCAGACUCCAGCGCUAGGGGAAGAGGAGAGCGUAAUGAGCGCUUCCUCAUCCACGACAGUGAGACCGCAAGCGUCGACUCGCCCUGGCCCAAUCCACCCUUAUACACCUCUCUCACCGUACUUGGUAACCUUGUAG